AUUGAUAUGUCCUUUUCCUAUCUAACAGAAGUUCUUAACAAUCAUCUCUCUCUUUGGGCAACAAAUUCCCCCACUAAUUUGUUUAUAUAAACUCAACAAGAUCUUUAUACUUGUCUCUUAUCUCUUCAAAUCUCAUUACAACUCAAACUUCAUGAAAUUUAGAAGUCAGGACACCAAUAAUGGCACAUCCUCAAGCUCAAAGCCCUUCUCACUUGUAUUCUCAAGAACUUCAACUCAAACUUUACCAGGCCUUCAUUUUCUCAAUCCCAAUACUUUUCUCCAUAAUUCUGUUUCUCUUGUUUUAUUUGUUCUACCUCAAGCGGAGGGCUUCCUCUGUCUCAAUAUCCUCUCCAUCAAUAAUUCCAAGGAGCUUGAUUAAUCAAGCAACACCAAUCGCCCCAUCGAGUGAGAUAGGUUGGAAGGGAAAUUUCAAAGACAAGCUUCCAGUAAUCUUGUUUGAUGAAGAUUUAAGGACAAGGGAUUCACAGUGUUGUGUUUGCUUGGGAGAAUUUGAGAUUAAAGAGGAGCUGCAUCAGGUUCCGUCAUGCAAACACGUGUUUCAUGUUGAUUGCAUACGCCAUUGGCUCAGAUCAAACUCCACUUGUCCACUAUGUAGAUGCUCAGUAAACACCACCACCAUAAAUAGUCACCCAAAGCCACCUAAUGGACCGAGCCUAAUCAGGCAAGACAAUGAGAACUUGAAUCAGGAUCCACAAAUCGUCUCUCCAGAGCAGCAAGAACAACUAGCUAGUGUUAGUGUGAAUAUGGCAAAUUAUUCAAGAGAACAUGUGGUAUUAAUGGAAGGAUCAUCCAGUGGAACUACAUCCAUUUGCAUGGAGAAUGAGACGGGUUGUCAAAAUGGAGAAUCAGUUGUUCUCACUAUCCAAACACAUAAUACUUGAUUUUUAAGUCCAUGCCUUCUAUAUGAAGUUGAAAAAUGAAAAUGACCCACCAUGCACUAAAAGGGCUAGAGUGCAUCCAUGGUCACUGGAAUGAACAAAUGGGGCCAGAGUCAAUGUUCCCGGGGGCAAGAAAGCAGUGUCAUGCAAUGACAAUUUUGAAGUACUUUUUGUACUAAACUCUCUCGUGUGCCAAUUUUGAAUAUCUUUUUUCUUUUUCCUUUUCAGAUUUUUGCCUUUUUAACUGUACACUGGUGAGGAGAUCUACUUAGAUCAACAGUGACAAGGCAUUUAUGACCUUAUUUGAGUUUCCUGUGGUGAGCAAUAAUCAAUUUUUACUGAAGGAUUUGGUCCCAGUAAUCAAGAUGAAUAUGUUUUCCUAA